AUGAAGCACGAGUGCACACAUGGAUCUCGGCGUAAAGGACACGAAGCAUGCUUUGCAGAAUUCAGAUUGCAGAAGGAGCUUGAAUCUCUACACCAUCUCUCCGCAACAAAGCUGCUGAUGGUUUCUGCAGAUGAAGGAUGGUGUGUACAGUUGGAGUACACAAUGAUGGUUUUUGAGGGAGUGUAUGAGGGGAGAGUCGUCAGGUUUAUGCUCAAACUUCCUUGUGAAUAUCCAUUCAAAUCGCCAAAGGUGAUGUGUCUCGACCGUGUAUUUCAUCCCAAUAUAGACGAAAAUGGAAAUGUGUGCAUGGAAAUCCUAAGGCUGGGAUGGAAGCCUAUCUAUGGGCUUGAAUGUAUACUUGCAAAUCUACAUGUGAUAUUUGUUGAUAUAUCUGCGGAGGAUGCAUUAAAUACAUAUGCAGGGCACUUGCUUGACUCUGAUUAUGACAAAUUCAUAAGGAUUGCAAAGGGAUUUGAGGAUCCCUAG